AUCGUCGUGAAGUGUAACAGCGACGACAGCGUCGUCAUUAACAAACCGAUUUUCGCCGUCGUUGAACUGACUGAAGUUACGUGCGAUGGCGUUUAAACGUUCCGUGACGGCGCUUCACGUGUCCGUGGAACCGGUGCUGCUGUUCAUCUUCCUUGCGAAAGUGUUCUCGUCGAACCUGAGCACCAAUCUGCUGCUGUACAAAUCGUGCGACCCUACGGGCGCGAUGGCUAGCCAGGUGGGCUCAAAGUGCCCGGACGAAGCGGCGGCGCAACACGUAGUGGCGCCCAUCGUCGGCUGGAAGUCUUUCGCCCAGAACCUGGUGCCCAUCGCGAUGGCCAUGGCCGCGGGCACGUGGAGCGACCGACGCGGCCGCCGUCGGCCACUAAUCGUGCUGCCGAUCGCCGGCCAGAUAUUGGCGGACGCGCUGUCGCUGUACUGCACGGUCGUGUGGUCGGUGUCGCCGACGCUGACGGCCAUCGCGCAAACGGCCGCGCUGUCGCUGACCGGCGACCUGCCGAUGCUGUUCAACGGCAUCAAUUCGUAUGCGGCGGACACGACCACAGACCGGUGGCGGACGUUCAAGUACGGCAUGGUCGGCAUGACCAUAGCCUUCAGCUGCAUUCUGGGAAUGCUCGCCUAUGGGUUCGUAAUAGUCAAAAUGGGUUUCGUAGCCGCGUACGUGGUGUCCAUCGUCCUGGGCCUGAUAGCGCUCGUCUUCACUUUCCUGUUCAUCCACGACAGAGGUGUCCAACAGCCGUUGUCCCAAGACGUCGUCCAGGCCGUCAACCCGUUAGAAGUUCUCCGCCGUUGUUACCUAGUGAUGACCAAGCGACGUGAUGGCCAUGGCAGGCUGAUCCUCUGUCUUACCUUGAUUGUUUGUGCGCCGCUAACGAGCUCGAUACUACACGGAGAAAAGUCAAUAUUGUAUCUAUAUUUGAGGUAUAAAUUUCAAUGGAAUGAACUAGACUUCAGUAUUUUCAUUACUUACCAGCUAUCGGUUAUAUUAGCAGGCUCAUUAUUUGCAUUAGGUAUUUUAAGCUACAAGUUUCGAUUGAACGAUGCGUUAGUUGGUACAAUUGCUUCUAUAUUUGAUAUUUUAGCUUCAAUCGCUUACUUUUUAGUUUCUAAAUCAUGGCAAAUGUUUUUAGUACCGCCAUUAGAACUCCUCAGAAAAUCAACUAUUAUAUUAACCAGUUCUAUAGCAUCAAAAUGCAUUGAAACUGAUGAAUUGGGUACUAUGAAUGCAGUGAAAUUAUUUAUGGAAAAUUCGAUAAUGAGUGGAUUUAUACCAUUAUACAAUUUUAUAUACAACCAUACAUUUGAAUCGAUGCCAAAUGCUUUUUUUUUAAUCAGUAUUGUUCUAACAAUUCCACUUAUAUUUGUUUUUUAUUUGAUAUAUUACUUAAGUAAAAAUCAAAAAUCGAAUACUGCUGAAAACAUACAAGUUCAAAAUAAAAGACACGACACCGAAAUCAAACAAUGACCUUAACGUAAUUGGUUAUCAUAUUUAGUAGAAUAAAACUAAACAAUGAUCAAUAAAAAUACAUU